UUUAGCUCCGUCUUGCUCUUCAAUACCAACGAACAACUAUCUAGCACUUGCAUCACCUAAUACCGACAUCAUCCUGUCUAAAAUUAAUUCUCACGUCUCCUCUCACGAUGCACUUCUCCAACCUCUUCAGCACCGCAACCCUCCUCGCGCCAACAUUGGCGGUCUCCGUGACGUACAAUAUCAUCUAUGACGAUGCCAAGCGCCCCCUUUCCAAAGUCGCAUGCUGGAACGAGGAGUUUGGCUUGAAGCCCGGUUACAACGAGUGGCAGACGCAGGGCAAUAUCCCCAGGAUCCUCGCUAUGGAUACUAUCACCGGCCCGAAAUCUGCCGCAUGUGUCACUUGUUGGAUAAUUGAGUACGAAGACAGGGCUAGACCGUUCCUUGCUAUCGAUGGCGCGGGUUCCGGCUUUGUCCUCUCCCUGGAGGGCAUGAACACUCUCACAAAUGGAAAGGCGGAGAAGCUCGGCCGUAUAGACGCAAAUGCCACCCAGGUAGACAUGCUUAACUGCGGUUUUGGAGACCCGCCAUAUGAUGAACUAUAGUGGAUUGUUGACAUGAUGGAAUGGAUCCAAACUUGCGGUA